CGUCACACGUAUGCCUACGCAAACACUGAUGUGUCUAUGGAAGGCGACUCGAGUCCUCACAGAAGUUGGUCCCCUAAACUUCAUAGCAACGAUGUUGCAAAUAAAAAACCGUAUCAAAUAUUCCUCAGUGGGCAUUGCUUCAUCCCGGUUGCUGUCGUCUGGACCUGUCAAGAAUCCCGUUUUGUAUUUGGACAUUGAGGCUGACGGUGAACCUCUUGGAAGAAUUAUCAUAGAGGUUAACGCAGAAGUAGUGCCCAAGACUGCAGAAAACUUCCGCGCACUGUGCACUGGGAAACCUGGUUUUGGAUACAAGGGUUCAGUGUUUCACAGAAUAAUACCCGAGUUCAUGUGCCAGGGAGGAGAUUUUACGAAUCACAACGGAACAGGAGGGAAAUCAAUCUAUGGCACUAAUUUUGCAGAUGAGAACUUUAAAUUGAAACACACCUGUCCAGGAACCUUGUCGAUGGCAAAUACAGGGCCGAACACCAACGGCUCGCAGUUUUUCAUUAGUACUGUUAAGACAGAAUGGUUGGACGGUAAGCAUGUGGUGUUCGGUCAAGUCACGGAGGGCAUGGAGGUCGUGACCAAGAUGGAGGCGUUCGGUUUGCACGACGGAGGCGUGCUCAAGAAGAUCGCCAUCGUCGACUGCGGGCAGAUGAACUGACAUUGUUCUUUUUCUGAUCAGAGGUGAAGGUUAAUCAAGCCAUUUCAAAUGGACCACCACCAGGGCACUGUACUCCUGGGACAAUCAGAACAAACACAGCGUUCGUCUUUUACUACAUUUCUAUUGAAGUUGCACGAAGGCGUAUCGAAAAAUGUUCACUCCAUACUUUCUCUUGAACUUUUGGCCCGCCGCACAGCGUUGGUCCUGAUAGUGUGCAACUAUCCAUCCCACUUUCAAUCAAACUUCCUGGAAAUGAGCCAAUUGCUUUUUUUAGAAACUGGACCUCUUCCUGUCCAUGAGGAAAGGAUGUGACAUCAUGCCUUCAAGUCCCAUUUAUCAGGAAGUGCUUGACUGUGUGUCAACUUAUUUAUCUUGACAUACUGUUUGUCAUACAUUCGCAAGCCAAUGUCUUGCAAUUUAAAGUUAAAAUCUACAACAAAUCUGUGGGAAAAUUCUAGAAAUGUGGACAGUUGCCUGAUUGGCCAGUGUAAGAUUAUUCAAUCGUUGUUCAUUGUUUUGAGAAGCCAGUUUGAAAUGUGUUUGUGUUUGUGGAUCAGUCCUUUACCUCGAUAGCUCGGAGGUACCUUUUGGCCUGACGGCGCCAGAGGCUGUUGCUGCUUAUCGAGCUAAUACUUAAUGAAAGUAAAUAAUGAAGCAACGUGAAAGAGCAGAAUCCCCUGCUCCUAAGCGAAACCAUAUGCACGCUGACCUUCCACCGUUUGUUUGAGUUCUACGAUUACAUUGUCGCCAUGGAGACAUUUUCCCAGUUCUCACUCUGUUUAAGUUAGCGAGAUGUUGUAACAAACUUGAUCUAAUUUGCGUCUCCACCCUCUGGUUAGGUUUGAGCUAUUUGGAAUGCAUGUAUAAUAUUGCACUGCGGAAACUUGGCAAGACAAAAGCAAGAGCAGCAGCCAAAUUUUAAGAGACAUGCAAAACAAUAACAUCUUUGUUAUGCUGAUUUGAACGCUGUUAAAGUCUAGAUUCUGUCAGUUUGGCUGCAUUCCAUUGCUGUCAUUUUCCUUUUUUUAUGUAUACAGAUCUAUCCUCGCCUUUC